UCGCGCGGUGAGCAUUGAGUGCAAGAGUGAAAAGAAAAGCAGAAAAUAGCCGGAGGAAAAGGUGGUCUCGGAGUUGUAUGAAUCGUUCGGGAACAUUGGUGAUACGUUGAAGAAACCAAGGAAAGUGGUCCACGGGAAGCUGCUGGAAUGCUGCGAUUGUUUCUUAUAGUGACGCUUCUGGCGUCACCAAUUGCAGCCAAGAAUGUUGAAAGGCGUCGCUUGAACUAUAGACGCUCAACGACAACAACCACCGCACCUGCUGUGGAGGACAACGACAGCUCGGAGAUAAAAUAUAACGACAACGGUAAUGAUGGCUUCUAUAAACCGGGCGAUUCGCACACGAUCAAUGGAGGCCAAUCAACUUAUCCGAAUGGGGAUGGCAAUGGGAAGGAAAAUUCGUUCAAGCCUAUCACGAUCAAUGGCGACAAAAUAAAGGCGUUCUCGGAGUACACCAUUGGCAGUACGAAAUAUUCCGACCCUAGCGACUUCGACUCGGAGGAGAAAUAUGGCUAUGGCCUCAAAAACCAUAAAGCGGUUACAACAAACACGAACAGUUUCAAACCUAGCUCCAACCUCGACUUUCUAAGUAGUGACUACCGUAUUCCCAACCAAGACACCAAACAGAAAGCUUCUGCCACCAAUAAAUUCUCGGUUUAUCACCCGAUCCCGACGAAGCCUACUCUCACGGGUAAGCUAGACCAAUUUGACGACUCAAACGAAUUCGACGUUUACUCAGGUUUUAAACCGUAUAAUGAUAACUUCAAGCCCACGCAGCAAAAGUAUGCAAAGUCGACCGUUUCUCCUUUUUCAACAUUUUCAGGCUCCUCUCUCUUUGACGGAAAGGUGAAGAAACUAUCGUACAAUUUCCCAGAUGAUUACGACCUGGGAACGACUACGACCAAGUACAAAAAGAACAAACUUUCGACAGACGAUGACAGUUUUGGCGAAUCCACUUCGUAUGGGGUUGGCCAUAGUUACGGUGUCGGUAAGCCAGAGCGUGGUUUCCACAAUGGUGGCAAAAAGAAAAGCUCAUACAAUUUUGGUGAACCGCCUCAUUCUCCGUUGAAAAACUAUGGUGAUGGAGUUGUAGGUAAAAAUGACAAGACUUCAUCUACUAUUUACGAUACUGACAGCGAAGAGAGCGGUUUUGGAAGUGCUAAAUUCAAACCGUUCGCUAAGGGAAAUGGCUACUCGAACAGUUUCAUCAUCGAUGUCAACGAUGAUUCGAGCGAAUCCUUCGCGAAACCGAAAAUUCCAAAACUGCACUCAUCCUUUGAUGCGAGUCCCACUAACCCACUGGCGCAAUACGACAGCGACUUCGAUGUCAAGAACAUCAAGCUGCCCGGCAUCCAAACUAAAAACAGACCUCCCGCUUUCACCAUACAGUCGCAGCUUAGAUCCAAACAGCAAGGUUCCGAUAUUGACAAUCCUAACCCGCUUGAGUUCCGUCCUAAUUUUAAACUACAAGAUGUACCCAAUCUUUACCCUGAUGAACAUCUAGGUUCCGGAGCCGUAUCUAAAACUCAGCUUGAGAACUUCCUCCAUGCCGAGCAGGCAUUCGUGGAUGAUGCCAUUCGGACACACUACCAGGAUGGCGGAAAUCCACCGCCAAAGAAGGGACAUCAUCAGCAGUUUUUGAAGCAACAGGAAGAUGAUCAUUUGGAGAAAGAAGCGCUGAAGGCACAGAUCGAAUUUCUGAAGGCUCAAGCCGCGAAACGUCCAGCUGAAUUCAAACAGCGUCCUCCCGGUGGUCAAAAUCCCUAUAAUGGCUUUCCUCAGAACCCGAAUCAGCCCCACAUCCAAGGACCACAAAAUUUCGGCCAUCACAAUCCUCAAGGUCCUCAAAUACCUCACAACCUAGGACCAAACAGCCAGGGUCCGCACAGUUUGGGGCCGCAGCAUCUGGGUCCUGGUAAUUUUGGCCACCGCAAUCACGGUCCACCUGGACCCCUAGGGCCGAGAGGUCGUCCGGUUCGUCGCACCCCACCGCUCACGGCUCAGUUGAAAGCCACUCUGCCGCUGGCGCGUGUUCCCCACUUCAAUGAGCGGGCCUACAGUAUUAGCUUUAAGGUUUAAGUACCACUAGUGGGGUGAGCAUCCCGGAAGUCAGCUUGACUCAAUUCAUAGUGCAAUUUGGCUUGUUUUUUUUUCAAGAGUAAAUUAGUUAAGAUAGGUUUAUUAGUAUUAAAGUAUUUAUUUGUUGUAGAUU